CUAGCCUAUGGGUACACUCGCAAUGGCCGCAAUCAUUGACAUGAAUGAGGAGGCCCGUUCUAUUCACUCUAUUUCUAUGGGCUACACACCAUCAUAAACACAGGAGGAGUUUGGCUCGACACAGGCAUGCUCUGGUCUCUACAGCAUGGAGAAGGAGACUUGGAUAAGGCAGGAACGAGAGAAGGUCUUACCUCCCUUGGAAUUGUAGUGCUCUACUGGAAGGUCCUUAGUGAAAAGAAAAAGUCGUCAGGGGAAUGCACAGAGAGACAAAGAUGGUAGGAGAGAGAGGACGAGUGGAGAUGUCAAGGUAACGCAGUGGAGAAAAGAGAGUGACACAGCAGAAAAUGACUGGGUGAGCUUCCAUGAAGAGGAGAAUAUAAGACUUUAAGAGGCAGCAGUAAUUGAACACAAUUAAUUUAAUCAGUGAUUCUUUCAAAUGUGAAAUAUGUGCAUUUGGUAGAAGCGAGCAGAGAGAGACAGAAAGUAGAACAUUAGCCAGAAGAACAGAUAGGAAAAAUAGAAACUUUAGCUAAACAAAAAGUCAAGGAACCCUUGGUGAGUGAACAGUCACUCAGAGUCCCUAGAUAGAUCCUUCAACAGUAUCUCAUCAUGGUGAACCUGGACCUGAGGUCUCUCACCCUGCCGGUGGGCAUCAUCCGUAUGUUGGAGGUGGUCCUCACCUGUAUCUCCUUCAGUCUGGUGGCCUCUGCAGGCCAUGUGCUCUCCACACACUGGGACUGGUGCAUGUUCACCUGGUGCUUCUGCUGCUUCUUCUCGCUCUUCAUCCUCAUCAUGGAGUUCACCCGCUUCAGCGCCAAGGUGCCCAUCUCCUGGGAUGACUUCACCACAGCCUUCGCCAUGCUGGCCGCACUAAUGUGUUUCACCUCCUCCAUCAUCUACCCCACCUUCUUCACCUGCCCCACCUGCUAUCGGCAGAUUGCCGCCACCGUCAUCUCCCUACUCUGUUUCGGAAUGUACGUCGGCGAGGUGGUGUUGGCACGUCUCCGGCCCGGUGGUGAGAUCAGUGGCUUCCUGUCCACUGUCCCGGGCCUCCUCAAGAUCCUCGAGACUCUGGUGGCCUGUAUUAUCUUCACGUCGCUGGAUCCAGCAAGGUUUUCAUUUAAUCCGGGACUGCAGUGGUGCGUGGCGGUUUAUUCCCUCUGCUUCAUCUUCGCACUUGUCAUCAUCUUCCUCACCGUUGGUCAGCUGCUGUCGCUCUUCCCCUUCUCGUUUGACAAACUGCUCACGGUCUAUAAUGUUCUGGCCACCAUGAUGUACAUGACUGCCAUGGUCAUCUGGCCGCUGUAUGGUUUCGAGAACAACCCCCGGCCCGUUCCGUGUUCCCACUGUCCCUGGGACGAUCUGGUUGUGGUGACGUUCAUGACCGUGAUCAACCUGGUGAUCUACAUUUUGGAUACGAUCUACUCGAUAAAGGUGGUCUUCUUCACGUGGGAUGAGGAAUAGGCCAGAUUCUCAGGAACCUUCACUCCAACUUUUCCAGAACCGGUCAAUGGCUGGUCAAACUCCAGCAUGUUGGUAAUCUUGAUUCUCCACAUAUGGUUGAAAAGAUUCAUUACUUUCUAGAGAAUGAAGAGUUUAUUUUCAAAUCAAUGACUGAGAGGAAGAAGAACAUUUGCAGAACGUUGGCAGAACAUUUGCAGAUGUCUUUUGCCUCAGACAUGUGGAAGAUAUUUAGUUAUUCCUAUGACACUGUAAAUGAACUCUUAUUGCAGAUGAGGAUUCUACAGGCAAGGACACACUGUUUAUCACUUGCAGCUAUUAAAGUGUACAGUAGGAAGCUGAGUUAAUGAUUGAUCGUAUCGAUUUCAUAGAAAUUAAAAUGACGGAACUUUGGAUCCUGAUGCAAAUACAAUAUGAAUGUCUAAUCUGGCAUCAUGGUAUGUGUAACCUUUCCGUUGGGCCAAAGGCACUAGCAGCAAUAUAGAUUCUGCCAAUUGUAAUAUUAAUGUUGAUCACUUCUUUCUCAGUUGUUAGACAUGUUCUCUUGUUGUACUGUUAGUUGGCUCACUAACUGCCAGAUAGUUGAUUAGCUGCUGAAGUGCUAUGUGGACUGCACACUAAAAACAAAUGCUUCUACAGUAUAUAGUGCCAAAUAAGAGUUAUUUGGCUCAUAACGAUAGUGUAUCUUAUUUUGGUACUAUAUAGAACUCUUUUUUGAAGGUGCUAUAAAGAACCAUGCUCAUAAGGUUAUAAAUGGAACUAUUAUGGUGCAAUAAAGAAACCUUUCCUAAGGUUCUAAAAAUAACUUUAAAAAAAGUUCUACAUAGCACCAAAAAGGAUUACGCUAUCAUUACAACCCUUUUUGGUGCUAUAAAGAGCCCUUUUUAAUGGUUAUUUAUAGAACCUUUAUGGUGAAUGGUUAUAUUAAAUUAAGAACCUUUCUCAAUCUCAAAGGUUCUACCUAGAACCCUUUGAAAAACCAGAGAGAGAUAUUUAUUCUUGUUAGCCAUAUACUGUUAAAAUUCCAUAGGUGUUGUUGAAUCAGGUGUGGCAGCUCUGGAACAGCUGGGGGUCCCUGAGGAGAGAAUUGAGAACCGCUGGUUUAGUUAUUUUUAAAAGACUGGAGUUGGAAGGGGACUCAACUCAGGAACUGAUCUUUCGUUAUGAUGUUGACCUUUUCUUAGAAGCCCAUAGAAUAGGGAGAGGUAAUCAGAGAAAGUUUGUGCCAGGACAGGAGACCUUCUCCAUUGAAGUGUACCAUCUUUCAGAUGCAGACAUAGGGUGCAUUCAAAAUGUCCAGUAGUGCACUAUAUAGGGAGUAGGGUGCCAUUUCAGAGGCAUCCAUAGACACUUCAUUCUGUCAGCUUUUGAAUGGGCUUGACGAUUAUAUCCUCAAAUUCAUGAAAACACAGUCAUGUAAGACAUAUAAAAACUGAUAUUCGUGUUUGUGGAUUAAUUUACUUCUGUCAGAUGCCUUUCACUCUACGGGAUCGGUGUCCCACCCUCGGGACGGUUGAGCUAACGUGCGCUAAUGUGAUUGGCAUGACGUUGUAAGUAACAAGAACAUUUCCCAGGACAUAGACGUAUCAAAUAUGGUCUGAAAGCUUAAAAUGUUGUUAAUCUAGCUGCACUGUCCAAUUUACAGUAGCUAUUACAGUGAAAUAAAACCAUGCUAUUGUUUGAGGAGAGGGCACAGUUAUGUACUUGAAAAUGUAUCAAUAAACCAGUUAGGCACA